ACUGUUCGCUGAGUGUCGAUGCCAUUGAAUUGAAGACCUCUGUCCACCCCUUGUCCCCUCCACAUUUUCACUAAAGAAACAUAAGCAUUCAACAACCACCUCCCUGAUCUGUCUUCAUUAGAACCUCACUGCAACUCCAAGUACUGAAGCUCUUGCAAUGGCUUUCAGUUUCACCCUUCUCUCUCCCCCCACCCUUCUUUCUCCUCACUACAACCAAUCCUCUCUAAAAACGCGUCACCCCCACCACCACCGCCGCCAUCUUCUUGGUGAACCUUUUCGCCGGCUUCCGGCGAUCGGCGUGGAAAAGUUCCAGCAAAUUCACUGCCAAGCCGCCCGUGAUAGCAAAGUCCAAGAAGAAGAUUUUAGAAAGAACGAGUCAGAUUUAGAAGAGAGUAAUGGUAAGAUUAAUGAAGUUAGAAUUGUGGAACCCAAGUUUAAAAUGAGUUUAGCUGAGCUUUUAGAUGAUAGUAAAGUAGUGCCGCUGUCGAUUUAUGGUGAUUUAGGGGUUCAAAUAACAGGGAUACAGCAUGAUUCUACGGUGGUUAGUGCUGGGGAUUUGUUUGUUUGUUGUGUUGGGUCGAGAACUGAUGGGCAUUUGUAUAUAAAUGAAGUUGAUAAGAGAGGAGCUGUUGCUGUUAUAGCAAGUAAAGAGAUUAACAUUGGAUAUACCUUGAGAUGCAAGGCAUUGGUCAUUGUUGAAGAUACUAAUUUGGUUUUGCCUUUGCUAGCUGCUUCUUUUUACAGGUACCCAUCGAAGAAUAUGGCUGUUAUUGGGAUCACUGGGACCAAUGGUAAAACAACGACGUCUUAUUUGAUAAAAGGCAUGUAUGAAGCUAUGGGUCUUCGAAUUGGGUUGCUAGGCACGGUUGCUUAUUAUGUAUAUGGGGACAAUAAGUUGGAAUCAUCAUAUACGACCCCAGAUGCUGUUUUAGUUCAGAAUUUGAUGGCUAAGAUGUUGCAUAACGGGUCAGAAGCACUUGUUAUGGAGGUUUCUUCUCAAGGACUAGCUGUAAGGAGGUGUAAUAUGGUUGAUUUCAAUGUAGCUGUGUUUACCAAUUUGACUAGGGAUCAUUUAGAUUUUCAUGUGACUGAGGAAGAGUAUAGGAAAGCUAAAGCAAAAUUGUUCCAAAUGAUGGUGGAUCCCGAGAGGCAUAGGAAAGUUGUUAACAUUGAUGAUCCAAAUGCACAUUUUUUUAUUGCCCAAGGCAACCCUGACGUUCCUUUGGUGACCUUUGCAAUGGAUAACAAGAAUGCUGAUGUUCAUCCCUUGGAAUUUGAGUUGUCCUUGUUUGAGACUCAGGUCUUGGUUAAUACACCACGUGGGGUAUUGAAGAUUUCAUCAGGUUUGCUUGGAAGGCAUAAUAUAUAUAAUAUUCUUGCAGCUGUGGCUGUUGGGAUUGCAGUGGGGGCAGAUUCGUUGGAGGACAUUGGUAGAGGGAUCGAAAAGGUGGAUGCUGUUCCUGGCAGGUGUGAAGUAAUAGAUGAAGGGCAGGCAUUUGGGGUAAUUGUGGACUAUGCUCACACUCCUGAUGCUGUUUAUAGACUGCUUGAUUUUGUAAGGGAGCUUGCACCAAAGAGGAUUAUUACUGUUCUUGGUUGUGGAGGGGAUAGGGACCAGUGGAAAAGACCAACGAUGGCCAAAAUAUCAACAGAUAAAAGUGAAGUGACGAUUCUUACAUCUGAUAAUCCUAGGAGUGAAGAUCCAUUGGACAUCUUGGAUGACAUGUUAGCCGGUGUAGGACGGACCAUGCAGGAUUAUUUGAAAUAUGAAGAAAAUGAUUUCUAUCCACCUCUGCCAAAUGGUCAUCAACUUUUUGUGCAUAGUACAAGGCGAGUGGCUAUACGUAGUGCUAUCGCAAUGGGCAAAGAAGGCGAUAUGAUUGUGAUUGCUGGUAAAGGCCAUGAAACAUAUCUAAUUCAAGGUGACAAAAAAGAGUUUUUUGAUGAUCGUGAGGAAUGCCGAGAUGCGUUGAAAUAUGUUAAUGUACUUCGCCAAGCCGGAUAAACACUUGUGAAUUCAGAUGGCGGUAGCUUCAUCUUUGUGUAGAGGGUUCUUUGGUGGAGAGAGAGGAAGCAUUGCAACCAAGUAAAUGGGAGGCAUCGGAAGAAAGCGAAGAGGAAGACUGAAGUAAAUUUGGUAACACUAAACGUAGCGAUAGUUGGUGGUUAGUAUGGUGAAGAAAGGGAAUGUGGCUGAUAAUAAGGUUGAACAAAAAAAAUUAAGUUGAGAGAAUUUUAAGGAUAGCUUUAAGACUUAGAACGUGCCAAAAAUCUUUUUACCAGUUAUGAAAAACUCGUAUUUAUAGUAUUUCAAGAAUAAGAGUUACAAAGCUAGCAAUUAAUAAGAAUAAUAACUUAUAUUUUUCAA